UGUUGUUUUCUUCAUUAAAGAUGCAUUCACAAUAAAGUGAUUAAAGUGUGUGUGUGUGUGUGAAACCCUCACAGCUCUUGUGUGUCACUUUGGGAUGUUAGGCUCUUCCCAUAAUGCCCAGUGAAGUUCCGUUCAGUUCAGCGCGACUGUCAGUUUGAACUUCCUUCCUGCCUUUUGCACAUUAAACAUACCGAGGCGAGUACUCGACUACUCGAGUGCCCAAAAAACCCUCACACGAACUCGCUUUACAAGUCACACUGCACACACUCUGCAUUACACCUCGAGUGUGUUUUGGUUUGUUUUUUUGUUUUUGUUUUUUUAACCCCAAUGUACAGCUCCUGCCUCGGUCUAGCUGUUUUCUCCUAUUUAUUUUGAACUUUGGCGACGGUUUUUGAUUGGACAGGGACCGGCAAGAAAGACAGCGAUUAGCAACAAAACGAGUAACACUUACCCAAAACGAGGUGGAUCUACCAAAUUAUUAUGCUGUUUUGGAGUUGAUACACAGCAGCUUGCACAUAUACAUGUAUCAGCAGUGCAUACAAAAAGUGAAUGAAGCACGAGGGCUGGGAUUAUUUUGUAUUGCUCUACAAGUCCACCUUCUUUAACCCUGACUGCAUGAUGGUUGGCUCCAGAGGCCAGUGGGGUAUAGAUGACUAGGCCUAAAUGGGAGGGCUUAUGGACAAAGCCAGCCUUCUAUUAUGGCUGCUUAUGCCCUGAACUGCCUACUAAUGAUGAACCCUAAUAACCUGACUGAUAAGAGCAGCCCUCGGACUGCAAGGCCUGUGCUUCCAGUGCCGGACCGAUCCACCUACAGCCCACUGCUGGGAAGGAAUAAUGGUUCCUACAGCCCUGGUAGCUUGAGUCCUGUCUCUUCUAGCACAUCUUUUGUCUUUGCCUCUGGUGUGACCAGCACCAACAACUCCAAGACACGCUCACCAUGUCGCUCACCAGACCUGCUGGGAGUGAAUGUGGGCACCCGAGUGCGCAGGCUGAGUGGGACAGACCCAGAGGAGGAGCAGGAGGAGGAAGAGCGGCGUGUUGCUCAGCAGCUCCAGCGCAGCAGGGAGCUCCAGAAUGUAGAGGUGAACAAGAAAGUGGACCUGUUCGAGGCACAUAUUUCUGCUCAGGCCCAGAACAGGGAGCUUCAGCGCAGCCCUCGGCUUUCCAGGAGACAGGGCCCGAAUCCUGCCCCUGUACCUCAGCCAGACAAGCUCAGCUAUGUCUCUGACUUAAGCUUUACAGAUGUCUGGGGCAUUCCCCAGGAGCUGCAGAAUGGGAAGAACUCUCAAGGGCUGGAGAGAUGUGGAGAAAAAAACAAUACAGUUAAUACAAAUAAGGAAGAGGAUAGCCUGCAGGGAAACAAAUCAAUUGACAGGUUGAUCUACAGUGUUUCCACAUCACAAGGGGCUGGCAAUGAUUUGACUGCCUCUAAGCAGUCAGAGACGACUAAGCACAGAGCUCAGCCAACAGAAGCUCAGUUUCAGGCAGACGCUGAGGAAAGGGGUGCCAUCCCUGCCGUCAUAGUGACAGACCAUGGAAUAGACGCUGGGGGAGAGGGUCAGGAAGCCCAGGUCAGCUCACAGCCCUCCCAAGCGCUGCGAAAGCUCUCCUCUUCAUCUGCUUCUUCCACUGGUUUCUCCUCCUAUGAAGAGUCAGAGGAAGAUCUUUCCAGUGACCCAGAACGCACACCAGCCUUCCUCCAGACGCAGCAGAAAGCACAUAAAUCAUGGAAGAAGAUCAAGAACAUGGUGCAGUGGUCACCUUUUUUAAUGUCCUUCAAAAAGAAGUACCCUUGGAUUCAGUUGGCUGGCCAUGCAGGUAAUUUCAAGGCAGGUGCAUAUGGCUGCAUCCUGAAGAAGCAUUGUGAGUGUGAGCAGCGCUGCCUUAUCCGGUUGAUGAACGACGUGCUAAAGCCAUAUGUCCCAGCCUACCAUGGUGAUGUGGAGAAAGAUGGCGAGAAGUACAAUCAGAUGGAAGAUCUGCUGGCUGAGUUUGAGACGCCCUGCGUCAUGGAUUGCAAGAUGGGUGUCAGGACAUAUCUGGAAGAUGAGUUGACAAAAGCCAGGAAGAAGCCCACCAUGAGGGGUGAUAUGUACCAGAAGAUGAUUGAAGUGGACGUAGAUGCCCCCACACCAGAGGAAAAUGAGCAGAAAGCAGUUACCAAACCACGCUACAUGCAGUGGAGAGAGACCAUCAGCUCUACAGCCACACUGGGCUUCCGCAUUGAAGGCAUCAAGAAGGAAGAUGGGACUGUAAACAGAGACUUUAAAAAGACCAAGACUCGGGAACAGCUGACUGAGGCUUUCCAAGAUUUUUUAAAAGGAAACAGGAAUAUCCUGACUAAAUAUAUCAGCCGGCUACAGGAAAUCAAGGAAACUCUGGAAGUGUCACCUUUUUUCAAGACACAUGAGGUGAUUGGCAGCUCUCUCCUUUUUGUCCAUGACAAGCAUGAAAGGGCGAAAGUGUGGAUGAUAGACUUUGGCAAAACCACACCACUGCCUGAAGGCCAGGUCCUGAACCACCGUACCCCAUGGUUGGAGGGCAACCGUGAGGACGGCUACCUCUAUGGCCUUGACCACCUCCUAGACAUUCUUACCAACAUGUCAAAGUCGAUGUAAAGAAAAGGAGUUUGCUGUGUUUUAUAAUGUUUUUAAUGUGCCUUUAUUGACGUCCCUUCACUAUUUUGUCUUGUGGGAAUUCCCACUGAUAUCCCAAUAUUUCUAUACUUAAUCAAUACUUGUCGAUCAAUACAAAACUUGUACUAGCAAGCUAUUAUGAUUGUGCAUAGUCCAAAGGAAUCUGAUUUCACAGAUUUCACAUUACAACAAGUACAACUACAUUGUUCUAGCAGCCACAAGAAAAUCUUUUACACUGCUGUACCCCCAUUUCUCUUGUGCUGCAAAUGGCCACUUGUAUGACUGUAAUACUUCCGAGACUUGAGGAGAAGUCAGUGAGCACGUUAAAAACAGAUUUGGAACACAGGGCACGUCCUCCUUUUCCUGGAGUUGUCUUUAUUCUGCCCUGGAUAGAUCACUCGCACUACAAUACAGGACCUGCCUGGGUUACCACAGAAAGCUACCCCCCAUCAACCCCCCCAACACACACACACACACACACACA